AUGACCAAGGCUAGGUUACCUAAUUCUGGCUUAAGCAUUGGUUGCCGUUCAACGGCUUUGGCUAGGCUUCCCAGCCUUGGCCCAGGCUCGCGAAAAAAAUUAUAUACAACGGGGCCUGUCUUGGCACAAGACUGGGUUGCCAAGACUCGGUCGAACUAUACUGGUCCACGACUGGACCACUACUCAACUGACAAGUCUUGGUUGAUCAGUCUUGAGUCAAGACCCACCCAAUAUCUAUCUAACAAGUCUUGGUUUGCCAGUGUUGAACCAAGACCCAGCCACUAUUGA